UCACGUGCCCACGCUUUCCUUCAUUUAUGACCUUCCUGUCCUAGCUCAACAGCAAACGUCCUCGUCAGCUCUCGCUCUAGCCAAUAUAAAUAACCACCUUCUUCUCUCCUUCCUUCUCAGAUACACACUCUUUCUUCUCCAAAGCCCAAAGACGCCCUCAUGCCACUCAAUUCUCCACCCGUAUACACCAUCGACCUCUCCCUGCCUCUACGCUCACGCUACAAAGCCGUUGCAAGAAACUAUGUCCCCACUCUGCACCAGCUAACCAGCCUCUAUACUGAAGUAGUUGCACACCUCAAACUGCCUCCUUUUUUCUUCCAUUUCCUCGGCCGCUUACUGCUCCACCGCCUCACUAGCAAUGAGCAAACCGAAGAGUUACGCGGAAUCAGCGAAGAAUGCGAUGUACCCAUGUACCUGCUGGUCGCCUAUAAUGUAUUCCUAGACUUGCUUCUAGGCUGUACGAGUGGCGGCAUGCUAGCCAAGAAACCUGAACAAGAGGAAGGAGGAGAAGGUGAAGAAGAGGUGACAAUGAUGCACUUCCGCACACUAGACUGGUCCAUGCCCGGAGAAGUUAUAGCGCGGACAGUAGGCUACGUAGGCUUCGUCGGUGUCCUAACAGGCGUACGCAAAGGCCUCAGCGUAUCGCUCAACUUUCGUCCUUACCACUAUGCAUCAGGCCUAUCCCUCGAGAACGCAAGAUACUACUGGAACACACUGCUCGUCCUACUAGGCCGACGCCAAAGCAUAAAAACCGUAAUCCGCGACUUCCUACUCCCUAGACCCAUAGAAACAUCACGGGUCCGCAGAAAACUUUCCAAAAAACGAGGACGAAACGACCGAAAACAACAUGAAGAAGACGAAGAAAGGAAAGAACUCGUACCACCACAACUCCCACCCCAUCACCCAGACGCAAUAACCUCCCUCCUCCCCAUCCUGCGCACCCCAGUUGCCUAUCUAAUAUUCUGCACCCCAACCGAAACCCUCGUUCUAGAAAAAGACUUCCGAACCGCAAAUAUCCUCCGCUCCCCAACCUUCCUCACAACAACAAACCACGACAUCGCCCUCGAACCCGCUUCUCCCUCCCAACCUUCCACUACCUCGCCCCUUCAACCCCGCAUCCACGCUUUCCUACAGACAAGCAUUUUCCUGCAAGCAAGCACACAGGAUAUCCUGGACGACAGUAUCUACCGUAAAGAGUGCCUGACGCUGGCGUGGCAGGCGUGGUGGCGGCGCCAGGAAGAGGAGCGCGGGGAAGAGCAGUCGGAAAUGGGAGUCACGUUAAGUACGUUGGAGAGGUGGGUGGAGAGGUGGCCGGUGAGUAAUGCGACCACGCAUUUUGUGUGUAUUAUGGAUCCCGAGGAGGGAGUGUUUAGGUGGGUUAGGAAGUUUGAAGCGGGGGAGAUUGUGGAGCCGGUUGCUAUGGGGGGCGGGGAGGGGAGAAUCUCAGUAGAUAGCGUGGAGGAAGGGGAUGUCUGA